AUGAAGCGAGCCCUGGUGUUGGGUGCCUCAGCCCUGCUCAUCCUGGCACUGAACCAGAACACCAUGCGGGAGCUGGACGUUUCCCAGCUCCUCAGCAAGCCCGUGAUCGUCAUCCCGUCCUCAGACAACGUCACCAAGCUGCUGGGAACGCUGCUGCGGGGGCUCCGGGCCACGGCGAAGAUCACGUACCAGGCUGUGCUGCUGGAGAACCUGGGAGUGACCCUUACUCUGUGGUCAACCUGCGGCCUGUCCCGAGGGGGUCUCUACGGGGAGUGGCAGGGGGUCAUCUGCACGGGGGAGAACAGCUCGCAGGUCCAGGUACGUGCACCAGGUCGAUCCAGGUGUGGGGGUGGUGCCCAUGGUGGGGCCGGGAGUGGAGCAGGGGUCUUCAGUUCCCCUGACAUCCUGGUGGUGCUGCUCCUGCAGAAGUACCUCCAGCAGCUGUGGAACACCAUCCUGCUGAUCGCCCUGCUCCUCUGCACCGGGGUGAUGGUGCAGGCCCAGCGGCAGUCGCGGCAAGACCCGUUGGAGCGGGAUGCUGAGCUGGACCUGAAGCAGCACAUCCGGCGGCGGCUCUUGGCCCUGGAAACCCGGCGGUACCAUCCUGGGAAAGCGCCCCGGAGCCGGGGCUGCGAGAUCGAUCGCUGCGCUGUCUGCUUGGACCAGUUCCACAAGAGCCAGUGGCUACGGGUGCUUCCUUGCUCCCAUGAAUUCCACCGGGACUGCGUGGACCCGUGGCUCCUGCUGCAGCAGACCUGCCCUCUCUGCAAGCACAACAUCCUGGGGGAGCACCCCACCAGGGCCCCCGCAGCUGUUGGUGUUGGGGCGAGUGCUGGAGAAGACUUGGAGACCCCCAGACUCCCUGUGCAGUGA